AGACUCGUGCCUCAAGGCCUCUGGUAGACAGCACUUCAGAUGAACUCCUCCUCAACACCUUCAAGGGUUUUGAACAGCCCUGCCUCCACUGUCCUCUGCUACCACCGCCCAACUCAACCACCUGAUCCACAUCACUAGGACAAGAAAGCUGAGGUGAUGGAUACUUUGGUGAAGAGACUGCUCUCAUACAUCUAUAUACUGUCUCUGUCUUCUCUUUCAUACAGCUUUCUGUCUCUCUGUAUCUCUAUUUCAGUCUGUCUCAGGCUUGACCACAUAAUGACAGACCUGCUGUAUAUUAAAGGACCCUGCCCAUGCGUCCUCUCACUGUCACCUCCCUCUUCAUGGGCCUUUAUAAGCCUCUCACACAGGGGGGGCACUACUUUCCAAAGAGGGACCGUGCACAGGCAUCUGGAAGGCUAGCUAGUUUGCAAAGCCACCUUUUCACCCACAGCCACAGGAUCUCCGGGCUAAUCGCUAACCAUGGACAACCAUUCAUACAACUUCCCCUCGGACUGCACCCCACUCACCAACUGUAAGUCUGCCCGUAAGCCGGCUGGCUCCACCGUGGUGAACAUGGGCAAUGCUGGCAAGAAUCCUCCCCGGGACUAUCUACUCUGGUCGCUGUGCAACACCUUGUAUGUUAACUUCUGCUGCCUGGGAUUCAUGGCUCUCAUCUACUCCAUCAAGGCCAGGGACCAGAAGACUCAGGGCAACCUGCAGCUGGCCCAGGAGUGUUCAGACAAGGCCAAGUGGUACAACAUCCUGGCAGCCGGGUGGAACCUGCUGAUUCCACUUCUGGCUGUCGUCCUGCUCGUCCUCCUGCUCGUCCACCUGGGCUCAUCCCAGGGCUCCUUCGACUUCUUCGGAGAGGACGGCUUCCAAAACUUCAUGAAACUGUUCAGCUGGUAGACGGAGGCGAAGGGAGAGAAAUAAAAAAAAAAUAAACAACAGAUCAGUCUCAAAGUAAACACGUUGACACUAACCAGGAGAGGGUAUUUGAUUGGAUUCAGCAAAUGAGGGCUGAUGUGAUAGCUCCUAAGAAUUUUAGCCAGUCUAACCCAAGUGAUAAAGGUGGGCUUCCAAAAAUCUGCUCAGCACUAAAAUAAUCCUAAUUGGUGAGAAAGAAAAGUAAGCCUUAGUUUGUGUAUUUCAAGAAUGUCCUCUUUGGGAUGCACCCGUACUAAUGCUGGCUAUUCGGCAAAUAAAAUACUAAAACAUGGCAUUCAACCAGUAUCUGAGAGUUACACAAUGGAUAAAACUUUUGGACCAGUGACCUAAAACUAAUGAAAAACAAGUUUCUGUUUUUUUUGUAUUGUAUUGUAAGUACUGUAGGGCAUUAGUAUCGGAGCAUCCCUAAUUGUAAUGUCAGUAUUAGAGGGAGCUCAGCUUACACCUUUCUCCCAGACACAGUCAGUAGAGAUGUGAAGUCUGAACAGCCUAAAAUGGAAAAAAAGAGUGGAACGAACAGAUUUAAGUAAGACUAGGAGCUGAAUCCAGGCUGAAAGAUUGAGCAAGCAGCGACUCUGGGUCAUUUUUGUUGUUAUUUAUUGUAUUUAUGUGGAAUGGAAAUUAUGAUGACAGCUGAAAUUAUCUCUAGUCAGGGUAGAGAGAGGAGAAAGAGCAGAGAGAACAGAGGACUGUGGAGCCAAAGUCUGAAUGUCAUGAUGAUGAGAAGCCACUUGACAAAGGACAAUCAACAUUCACCUCCCAUUGAUAGUCACAUAUUAUUAUUCUUUCAGCAGUUUUUUUUUAAAUGUUAUUACUGUUACAUCAUACAUCUAUUUUUGGUUUAUCUAUUAUUCAUGCAUUUUUAUUAGUAUUUUGUUGUGUUAAGUAUUUUAAUUUUACAUCAUCUUAUUGCUGACCUCUUGUGAUUGAGUAAUAAUAAAAAAAACAAACAAAUAUUGUUAACUCAGUAUUGCAUUGAAAAACAAAUCAACCUUAAUUUUCUCCUUCAUGUAAUGCUUUUACUUACUUUAUGAAAAAUCUACUAACAUUUUUCAGGUUUUUUAGCUAAUGAACACAGAGAUGAAGAGAUGUUCCCUCAAAUGGCUACAGCGGUUCCGCUGCUGCACCUACACCCUUUUAAAGUGAUCAUUUUGGGCUUCAGUGGUUAGAUUCUGGGUCUGAGGGAACGGGCAAGGCAGGGUUGUUUUCAUCCCAGCUGUGAGCCUGCUGCUGUACCAACUAUAUACAGAACAUCCCGUUUUAGGGAACUGUAGCAAUGUGCCCUGAGUUGUAAGUUAUGGUUGCCCAGGCAGACCACUACAGAGGAGUCAGCAGCAAUGUGGAGGCCUGCUGCAGGACAUGAUGGCUCAUUUCCACACAAUCUGCUCUCAGUCUGAGGAAUUUAUUAAAUGGUGCACGUUUUGGGAA